AUGGUUUGUUGGAGAGAUAUGCCUAUAGAACGUAAUUCCAUUUUUAUGAUAAAGGGAAUAAAGGACACUCAAUUUAUAGAAGAAUUUCUAAUGCUACACCGUAAUAAAGUUUAUAGACAAUCAGAUCUAUUAAGGAUUAAAAUUUGUUGUAAUAAAUUACCAACUUGUGCUAAUUUAAAAAAGCGUAAGCCAGAUCUAUAUGAUGAAGAUUGGAGAUCUAAAAUUAUACAGGAGUAUUCAAGAGAUGAUAUAGAUACACAAGAAUUAAAAGGUAAAAUUAAUGAACUUGGUAUGUGGGAUAUUGGAUGCUUAUAUGAUUUUACAUUUUUAAUGAAGAAUCAAGUCAGUUGUCAGUUAAUAGAAUUAUUAAGGUGCUAUAAAAUAACUGAAGAAAAAUUGUUAUAUAAGUUACAAAUAAAAGAAGAAAAGCAGUGCAGUAUUAGCGGUAAAGAUAAAAAAGCUAAGUCACAUAGUAAACGCACUGAAAUGGGUGUUAAAGAUGUUGACUGUAAUAUGUUAGAAAGUAAUUGGAAUAAAUGGAAUGAUUUGGCAUUCUAUCGAGGUGGCCAUUGGGCAAAUUUUUAG